AUAGGAACUCACGCACGCGCCUGAGGUAUCGAGCACACAGGUGUGUUUAUGGCUCGCAGCAGGUAACUCAUGUCUGGAUGUUUCAACCCGCGGCAACGAUGAAGACGAGCGGAUGACGUCACUUUUUUGUUGGACAUUUUCAUUGUUUUAAUUUUUUAUUUUAGUUUCUUAAAAUGGAUUGGACUUUCAGCAAACACAAGGACUUUUUACUCGUCAUGUGCACUGUUUUAUGUCUCCUCCAUGCCGGCGGAGGAGAGGUCCCACCGAGGCCCACCCGUGGUGUGACGGUGCUGCCCCCGGUUGAGCCUGAUGGGCCCCACGCCUACCCGGAGCUCGAAAAGGACAAUCUACCCGUUUUUACCAUGGACUAUCCUAGAAUACAAAUACCCUUUGAGAUCACUCUGUGGGUGUUGCUGGCCUCUUUUGCAAAAAUUGGUUUCCAUGUGUACAACAAAAUGACCAUUUGGGUUCCCGAGUCGUGCCUCCUGAUCAGCAUCGGCCUCAUCGUGGGCGCUAUCAUGCACUCCGUCAAAGAGGAGCCCCCCGCCGUGCUCACCAGCAACAUCUUCUUCCUCUACAUGCUCCCCCCGAUCGUGCUGGACUCGGGCUACUUCAUGCCCACCCGGCCUUUCUUCGAGAACAUGGGCACGGUGCUGUGGUUCGCCGUGGUAGGCACCCUGUGGAACAGCAUCGGCAUCGGCAUGUCGCUCUUUGCCAUAUGCCAGAUCGAGGCGUUCGGCGUGCAGGACAUCAACCUCCAGGAGAACCUGCUCUUCGCCGCCAUCGUUUCGGCCGUGGACCCCGUGGCAGUGCUGAGCGUGUUCGAGGACGUGUCGGUCAACGAGCAGCUCUACAUCGUGGUGUUUGGAGAGUGUCUCUUCAACGACGCCGUCACUGUGGUUUUGUACAACAUGUUCAACUUUGUGGCGGAGAUGCCUGUGGUGGAGCCGGUGGACGUCUUCCUGGGUGUGGCCCGCUUCUUCAUAGUAGGCCUGGGCGGGAUGGGCUUCGGCGUCCUAUUCGGCUUCGUGGCGGCCUUCACCACCAGGUUCACCUCCAAGGUGCGGGAGAUCGAGCCGCUCUUCAUCUUCAUGUACAGUUACCUGGCCUACCUGGUGGCCGAGCUCUUCGCCAUCUCAUCCAUCAUGGCCAUCGUGACGUGCGCCCUGACCAUGAAGUACUACGUGGAGGAGAACGUGUCGCAGCGCUCCUGCACCACCAUCCGCCAUGUGGUGAAGAUGCUGGGCUCCAUCUCAGAAACCCUCAUCUUCUUCUUUCUGGGCGUGGUCGCCAUAACGACAGAGCACGAGUGGAAUUGGGGCUACAUCCUCUUCACGCUGCUCUUUGCCUUCCUGUGGAGAGGCCUCGGUGUCCUGGUGCUGACACAAAUCAUUAACCCCUUCCGCACCAUUCCCUUCAACCUGAAGGAUCAGUUUGGCUUGGCCUACGGUGGCCUGCGAGGUGCUAUUUCGUUCGCCCUCGCCUUCACUCUGCCCGAUAAUAUCGGCCGCAAACAGCUCUUCGUCACCGCCACCAUUGUCAUCAUCAUCUUCACCGUCUUUCUGCAGGGCAUCAGCAUCCGGCCUUUGAUCGAGUUUAUCAACGUGCGCAGAACUAACCGCAAUCUGGAGACCAUCAAUGUGGAGGUCCAUUGCAGGCUGAUGGAGCACACGAUCGCUGGCAUUGAGGACCUGUGUGGACAGUGGAGUCACUUCUACUGGAAGGACAAGUUUAUGAAGUUUAACAAUCGCAUCCUGCGUCGCAUCCUCAUCCGGGACAACCGGGCCGAGUCCAGCAUCGUGGCGCUGUACAAGAAGCUGGAGCUACAGAACGCCAUGGAGAUCCUGGACACGGUGUCAGGAGACUUCAGCCCCGCGCCGUCCAUCGUCUCUCUGCAUGAGGAGAAGAAAGGCCUCGUUAAGCCCAAGAAGAAGUUCUUGGCUGCUGACUUGAGGAACAUGCACGACAUUCUGGCCAAAAACAUGUACAAGAUCAGACAACGGACUGUCUCGUACACGAGCAAACACGCGCUGCCCAAUGACAGUCGCACCAAAGAGAUUCUAAUCAGACGUCACUCCAGCGUCAGACGCAGCCUCCGCCCUGGAAGCUUCCAGAACACAGUGGCACCCAAAUCUCAGAAGUACUUCUCACUUCCUGCUGGGAGGAGCUUAGACUCCAACUUCCCACCAAUGAGGCGAAGCGACACAGAUGACCAUGAGACCACAUCAGAAUUGUCCUUUCCCGCCAGGCGCUCUCGUUUCACUGUGUCCACACGCUCUUCGUCCAGAGCUGCGGUCCCUUUGCGCAGGCUGGACACCCUGGAGGAGAUUCCCGGUGUGGGCAUGCUGCAUGAAAGACCGGCGCGGAGAGGCGGACACGUUAUACCCGGUAGCCAUUCCUCAUCCGGCGAAACCCGCCUAACUGCUGCUCGCCACCGGCCAAACCCCUCUGCAAAUAACGAAGACAAUUUCACUGCACCGCCGGUCUGGGCUGCAGAAGCUGCAGACAACACCACACGGAAUCCUCUUCUCAGGAGACCUCAGUGGAAUGUGAAGAAGGUUUGAACACUCUUUGACUGAUAAGAUCAAUAUAUUUUAUCUUUUUAUAAUAUGUCAACUAUUCUAGUCUUUGUAUGUACCAGUAAAGGAUGUUUUAAUUCAA